AUGUCAUCCAAAUCUUUAAAUCGCCGGACUCGCAUCGACUUUGAUGCAAUCAGAGGGUUUAGGGGGCCUUCUCAGAGCGUGACACGCCAGGAUGAUCACCUCACGGAUGGUGAAACUCCCAGUCGCCGCGGGACUGGAUUUAAUCCAGCAGCAGGAUUCCCGAGAGCCCUCUCGUCCGGAACCUAUCGUACCACCUCAGCAACUGGUUCGAAGCCCCUGAACCCCCCAGCAGCACUCGGACAUGGGAUGGAGAAUACCUUGAUCGUGAAGCACCAAUCCCCGUGGGAAAAGUACAGAAAAAGCCAUUGCAUACGGCUUGGCGAGGAAGACGACGACAUGGUGGACGUGGCCGAUAUUAGACACCCGUGGUCCGCCGACUUUAUUGUCCCUCCUCAAAAGGAGGGUCCGACGCCGUACGUCGUCGCUGUGAGGAGCUUCUCUAUACAUGACAGCGAAGAGAAAUGUCGUAUGUUGCAGCAGGUUGAACAUGAGAAUAUCGUGUCCAUCCUCAACGGGCUUGUGUACCUCGCGACAAAAGGACUAGAACACGGCUCUCUGACCACCUCGAAUAUUCUCAUCAAUGUCGCUGGCGAGAUCACAGCACAUCAGGAACUCUGUCGACCAUGUCCACUGAGUAAUUCUGUAUCGAGAGAUCUUAAGGCUCUAAGCUUCAUCACAAUGGAGCUGAUGCAAAAGUAUGCCAAAGCUGAUGGUGCUGUCGGAGUAGAUGACCUGCGCCGGUGGCCCUCCGAUUCUCUGGCGGUCGAAUUCCUUUCUGAGACGACGUCUGCAACUUCGGCAGAGAGGUUGUUGAAGGCAAGUGACGGACCUCAGAUUUCCUCCUGGGUUUGA